AUGUCGAACCCAUCGCACUCCCACAGACCCCGGAAAAAGCGAAAACAGCCUCCUGCUUUGAUUCGAAGCAACACCGUCACCGACAUUGUCAAAAUCGACCCCGACGACGAAUGCGCUAUUACUCCUGAGUUUCCUCUUGUGGCAUUCCUGUGGCCAGCUCGGGGAACAACGUCUCAAUGGAUUCUGCUGCCGCUGAUCUUGAUGAUUGUUGGUUUGUUCAGAUGGAGCGUUGGGCUUUGGGAUUACUCCGGCUAUCGGACGCCUCCAAUGCACGGAGACUUCGAGGCGCAGAGGCAUUGGAUGGAAAUGACAAUCCAUUUACCAGUAUCCCAAUGGUAUUUUUAUGACCUUCAGUAUUGGGGUUUGGACUAUCCCCCUUUGACAGCUUACCACAGCUGGCUAUGCGGCAAAGUGGGUUCGUUGUUCAAUGCAGCCUGGUUUGAGCUGGACAAGUCUCGUGGCCUAGAGGAUUCCGAUCUGAAGGUCUUCAUGCGCGCUACUGUGGUUCUCUCGGAAUACCUCAUCUAUGUUCCGGCGUUAAUCAUCUUUCUUCGCCACUUCAGCAGGACCCAUGCUACCGGGACAACGUCAGCUUCAAUUGCGCUUGUGGCGAUUCUCAUGCAGCCAGCGAACAUGCUCAUCGAUCACGGCCACUUCCAAUACAAUUCAGUCAUGCUCGGCUUGGUUGUCGCAGCUCUAUCUAGCAUAUUUGCUGGCCGACUCUUAUGGUGUUGCAUUUUCUUCGUUGCUGCGCUUGGCUUCAAGCAAAUGGCACUUUACUACUCGCCUAUCAUGUUUGCUUAUCUGCUAGGCUCCUGCCUGACUCCAGAAAUCCGCCUUGGGAGACUCAUUUCGAUCUCUCUCGUUACAGCGUUGGCAUUUGCCGUUCUACUCGCGCCACUACUUCUGGGAUCACUUUACGACGUCUAUCAGAAGAUUCUGUUCUCUGAGAUGCCCCCUCCACCAUUCCUUGCGGAGCGGAAUGUAUCUCUGGACCCUAGUGUUCCCCUAAAAAUGGUCGUCCUUCAACUCAGCCAGGCCAUCCACCGCAUUUUUCCAUUUGCACGUGGCCUGUUCGAAGACAAGGUAGCCAACUUCUGGUGCUUCACCAACACUUUUUACAAACUCCGAAAGCUGCAGGCGAUCGUUGACCUGUCUCGUAUUUCAGCCAUGGCCACUCUUGGAUCUAUACUCGGACCAAUGCUAAUAAUUGGGGCUGUCCCUCAAAAGACACUCCUCCCUUACGCGCUAGCCACAUCGGCAUGGGGCUUUUUCCUCUUCUCAUUUCAGGUCCAUGAAAAGUCGGUGCUGCUCCCAUUGCUCCCGAUGACCCUGUUACUCGGGAGCAAACAAGGCCUCAGCAAGGAAUAUCGAGCGUGGAUUGGGUGGGCCAACGCCGUCGGCAUUUGGACCAUGUUCCCGCUGCUAAAGCGAGAUGGGCUCACAAUCCCAUACGUCGUGAUAUCCCUCCUCUGGUGCUACCUGCUGGGGCUUCCACCAACCAGUGUGAACGCCUACUACGAUCCGCAGCACGAAAACAUUACCGGCCGACCACAGGCUGCCGAUGAUUUGUCGACGCUGACUAAAAUUCUACAUUUCCAGACUUACAUUGUUAUGGCAUUCUGGCAUCUGCUGGCAGCAUUCGCCACUCCGCCUGAAGAUAAGCCUGAUUUGUGGGUGUUGGUUAACGCAUGCAUUGGCGCUGGUUGUUUUGGAAUCUGUUACCUCUGGUGUUUCUGGAAACUGAUCUUGGAGAGCGGUUUGGUCGACGACUAUCUCGGGGACCGAUCCGAAAUUGAAGAAAGUCGCCCGUCUUCGAAUGCAUUACCAGAUAUUCAGGAGAAGAAGCACAAGUAA